AAUAGUCGUUUUAGUUAACAAACAAAUGUUUUGUGACCAAGCGAUGUCAAGUGUUGCUCAAAGGUACUUUUUCGAAGUUAACUUCUGCUCGAGUUCGGCCAAGGACAAAAUCCACCAUGCCUGACGAGAUGCAACGAGCUUUAAUCCAGAGAGGAGGCGACACAGGCGGCCGCAGGCCUCUUGAAGCCUGUGUGUCUGAGCUCGACACUCACAUUGUGGGCAUCCUGGGCACUGGUGACUUCUCCCGCUCGCUUGCCAGAAGACUGGUGGCCUCUGGCUACCAGGUGGUGGUGGGGAGUCGAACCCCCAAACACUCUGCUGCUCUCUUCCCUGAAGAGGCAGAGGUGACCUCCCAGCUGGAGGCGGCCAGCCAGGCAGACGUGGUCUUUGUCGCUAUCUUCCCUGAGCACCACCACACCCUGUUGGAGCUGAAGCCGGCACUGGCAGGAAAGAUACUGGUGGAUGUUAGCAACGGCUUCCAGAUCAAGCAUGGACCAUCCCAUGCUGAACGACUGGCUGACAUGUUUCCUGAGAGCUUUAUAGUGAAAGGUUUUAACACAAUAUCAGCAUGGGUGCUUCAGACUGGACCUCGAGAUGGAAGCAGGCAGGUUUUCCUGUGCAGUGAUAGCAGUAAGGCUAAGAGCUCAGUCCUGGCAAUGUGUCGCAGGAUGGGCUUCUGUCCUGUGGAUAUGGGCCUGCUCUCCUCUUCUGCGGAGGUUGAAAACCUCCCCUUUCAUCUGUUUCCUUCCUGGGGCACGCCCAUCCUCAUCACCGUGAUUCUCUUCAUCUUCUUCUACCUCUACAACUUCGUCCGUGACGUCUUGCAUCCCUUCGUCACAGCGGGGGAGAGUGUGUUCUACAAAAUGCCCAUUGACACCGUCAACGUCACUUUACCUUCCGUCGCCUUGGUGAUGCUUGCGCUCGUCUACAUGCCGGGCUUGCUUGCUACAUUGCUCCAGCUACGGCGGGGCACCAAAUACAGUCGCUUCCCUGACUGGCUCGACAAGUGGCUCACCAAGAGGAAGCAGUUUGGAUUGUGCAGCUUCCUGUGUGCGGCCAUGCACGCCAUCUACAGUCUGUGUCUGCCCAUGAGGAAGUCCGCUCGCUUCAAGUUGCUCAAUGCUGCUUUCAAACAGGUGCAGGAUGGCGUGGAGAAAGCGUGGAGUGACGAGGGGGUGUGGAGGAUGGAGCUGUACGUCUCAGUGGGCAUCAUAGCGCUCGGGCUGCUCUCCCUGCUGGCUAUCACCUCACUGCCCUCCGUGGCUGACAACAUCAACUGGCGAGAGUUCAGCUUUGUACAGUCUACUUUAGGCUACUGCGGGCUGUACAUGGCCACUGUCCACACGCUCCUCUUUGGCUGGAACAGCGCCUUUGACCCAGGCCAAUACCGCUUCUUCCUGCCACCCACUUUCAUAGUGGUCCUCAUCCUCCCUGUCACAGUUCUGUUGGCCCGCAUCAUUCUCCUGUUGCCCUGUAUUGCGCACCAGCUCCAACAGAUCCGUCGCGGAUGGGAGAAGAGUCGGCACAUCCGCUUUGUCCUGCCCAACGAUGACAGUUACAACGGCUCAGAUGUCAGCCAUGUUUGAAAAAUAAUAAAGAAUUCUGGUUGAGGCAACCAUAAAAGUAAUGUGUUGCACACACGUGGAAUGUUGAAUACAUAUUUGUGUUAUAUGAAUAAUUUUAGAAAACAGAAAUAAUUUAAUAAUAUCAAGAUAUAUGAGUGUAGAGUGUUGAUCCUGAAUUUCCAUGCAUUAUGCAUUUGUAUGAGUAGCUAGCUUGUCAGCACUAUUUUAUCUUCUAAUUUAUUUCAUCUGGGUUGUUAUACCAACUGCUGGCUCUAGAUGCUCGAUUCAGGUUAACGUGCCAAAACCUGUCUGAAGUUGUGCUCAACCACAACUUACAUAUGUCUGUUUGUUUGAUUUUUGUCAAAUAUAUAUUUUUUUCAACACUGUCUUAAGGUUGCUUGUUGUAACAUAAUUUGGAUUAAAGCAAUCUUUUACUCUUAAAAUAAUUCGAGAGAUAUUUGCAGUGGCUAUUUUAUCAGUGAAUUUUAUUGAGGUCACGGACACACUGUUUUCGUCAAUUAGUGUGGAUGCUGCCAUCUUGUGGCACAGCAAGAUUUUUCUGUUUGGAAUUUUCAAUGGAAGUUAAUGGUUUUCUAUGUUCUGUAACUGAGUUGACUCAAACUGGACUCUCAACCCUACCCAAUGGAAAUAGAAUAGCAUUGUUUUUACCGUUGUCUUUAAUUUAAAAGACGCCCCAUUCACAGCAUAAAAUACAAUUUAUUUUUGUUAUAAUUUAAAUGUUAAAAUUAAAACCCGAAUAAUUAGGCCUGCUUGCUGUAUUCUAUGGAUAAUGUAUUUUUUUUUUACUGCUAUUAAAUACAACUUUGUCAUUACA